AUGAAAAAGGGCACUCUUUUCGAAUGGGACCAAGCUUAUAGUAAUGCCUUUGAGAGCAUCAAGUCUUACUUGACAAAACCACCAAUUUUAGCAGCUCUUGUUCCUGCAAAGCCAUUGAUACUUUACAUAUCAGCUCAAGAAAGAUCAGUGGGAGCACUCUUAGCCCAAGAGAAUGGCAAAGGGAAAGAAAAUUCCCUUUACUACUUAAGUAGGAUGAUGACACCAAAUGAGUUGAAGUACUCGCCAAUUGAAAACCUAUGUUUGGCCUUAGUCUUCUCAAUUCAGAAGAUGAAACACUACUUUCAAGCUCACUUUCAGCAAUUUGAAAUUGUGUAUGUUCCUCAAAAGGCUGUAAAAGGGCAAGCAUUGGCAGACUUCUUAGCAGACCACCCGAUACCUGAUGAUUGGGAACUCAUUGAUGAAUUACCUUAUGAAGAUGCAAUGGUUGUUGAAGUUCAACCACCUUGGAAGAUGUAUUUUGAUGGGGCCUCAUAUCGCGAAGGAGCUGGCGCUGGGGUAAUAUUUGUCACUUCUCGAGAGGAGAUCUUGCCGUAUUCCUUCACCUUAUCGCAAUGUUGCUCCAAUAAUGUUGCAGAAUAUCAAGCCUUAAUACUUGGGCUUGAAAUGGCGGUUGAUAUGAAGCAAUUGCAAUUACAAGUUUUUGGAGACUCUGAAUUAGUGAUCAAUCAAUUGUUGGGUAGAAAGGAGAAUAAGAAAGUUGAUGCUUUAGCCGCUUUGGCUUCAACUUUAACUCUGCCUGAUCAAGCGCAAAUCACUAUCUGCCAAAAAUGGAUAGUACCACCAGAUAUGGAUGAAGAAAGCAAAUUUGAACAUUUUGUAGCUGUCUUACAGGCUGAGAUAGUCGAUUGGAGACAUGCUUUGAUUGAUUACUUGUGUUACAAUAUACUUCCAGAAGAUCCAAAGAAAAGGACUGAAAUUCGUCGUCGUGCUCCUAGGUUUCUUUACUACAAAGAUACUCUAUAUCGUAGAUCAUUCGAGGGAGUCCUCUUGCGUUGUUUGGGGGAAGAAGAAGCGAUUCAAGAUAUGCAAGAAGCACAUUCUGGAGUUUGUGGAUCACAUCAAUUUGGGCCCAAGUUACACUUUCAUAUAAAAAGAAUGGGGUAUUAUUGGCCAACAAUGGUAAAAGAUUGCUUGGAUUAUGCUCGAAGAUGUCAAGCAUGCCAAUUUCAUGCAAACUUUAUGCACCAACCUCCUGAUGUAUUACAUCCGACUAUUGUAUCUUGGCCAUUUGAUGCUUGGGGGCUAGACGUAGUUGGACCACUACCUAAAUCUUCUGGUUGUCACUUGUACAUCUUGGCUGCAACAGAUUACUUCUCAAAAUGA